AUGCCUACUACCGCACAAGGUAGAAAUUCCUAUAAGUGGGCUAGAACUUCGUCGAAACUGCUACAGAAAUCCGGCCGAGCUAUCUUUGCUCUCUUGGGGAAAUUGAGGGGAUUAAAAGAUCAAAUUCAACAGAUCAGACAUCUUCGGGACAAGACCUUCAUUUGGUUAAGUUGCCAAGAUUUACCUGAAGAAUGUUGA